AUGGGUCACGACGAUGGCGCUCCCCUCGUUGCCACCUACAAGCAGCCACGGCCACCAUGGAUUGGACUGUGGAGUACCCGCGAAUACAAAGGUCGACCGGAUUGGUGGAGGGAAGCCGGCGUCCGUGACGAUGUCGCACGGAAACAGAAAUACCGCGCGGUACACCAUCGUUAUAAGGAAGAAGAUCCGGAGUUUUACGAUCCGAAGGUCCCUGAUGGUACGUCCAUUUCCGGACCUAUCGGCCUUGAUUCGUUACGUCAUCCCAACAUCACUAUCAAAGGCGACCAGCCAGGGAAACUAGAGGAUUUCCAAGACAUGAUCUGGAAGAGCUCUCAUCAGUAUAAAAACAUUGCCGAAAAAUUCGAUAUAAGCAAGGAACAUCCAGGAUUUGAUGUUAAUCCUUGCUUAGUGAGGCUUGACAAACACGCUCUGAACGAGGCUGCCCAUGAGAAAAAAGGACUAGCUGCGGCAAAAUACACAGCCAUGUUAAUGCUACCAUACACGAUGUGUGAGAUUCGUUCAACUUCCUCAGUAGCAGCCGCUGACUUUACUCCAAGGAAUUUUCUCAAGCGCUACUUCCAGCUAGCGCCUACACCAACCAUUCUAGCCUUCGCUUGGGGAUUCUCUCUUUCUGCAGCUGCAACUUUCCGCAACAAGGAUGACGUCAAAAACCAUUUCAUUGCCAGUGCUGCAUUAGGAGCGACGUUAGCUACAAUGAAAGACAACAUCCCUCUCGGAAUAAGUGUUGGAGUGACAGCGUUGGUGUUAGGCACGUUCUGGCAAUACAAUCGAGUUUCUGAGGAAGGAACACACGGCUUGGUUGGAAAUCCGGGCAGUGCAGGAAUCUGGGGUGGACCACUCAUGUGGAAAGCAUUCCAGUGGGGUGACGCGAAAGUACCAGACACAAGAUAUUAG